CGUUAUCUGAUUUCUCUGAGGUUUUGCCGAUAAAGCUUAUCGUUUUUCUCACACCUACCAAACGAUAACAGAAUUAUAUUUACUAGAACGAGUAUGAUUAUUUCCAUUCAUUCACAUGGUAUGUGAGAUAUCAAAUGGAUUGAGUUUUAGUGCUUUUGAGUCUCGACGGUCGCGGGAUGAUGUUCGAAGCGAAUGCUUGUGUUUAAUGUUGACUUCAUGCUUGGCUCAUAGUGCAAGGAAUGUCUACUGCAAAGAGAAGACGAUGGCAUAUCCCUGCCUCAGUUACAGCAAAAACAACAUUUAAUCCUAUUAGAUCCAUCGUAGACAGAAUGAAAAUAACACCAAAUCCCACAAAGAAAAUGAUUGCUCUAUCAAUAGGGGAUCCAUCAGUGUUUGGGAAUUUAGAGCCUUGUCAAGAGAUGUUGGAGGCUGUUGUGAAGUGCCUAAAGCAAUCAAAACAUAAUGGAUAUGCUCCUUCAACAGGUUAUGUCAAGGCUCGAGAGGCAAUUGCUGCAGAGCAUUCCUAUCCUCUCUCUCCAAUAAAUUACAAGGAUGUUGUUCUAGCAUGUGGUUGCUCUGGGGCUUUGGAAUUGGCUUUAGAUGUUCUACUAAACCCUGGAGAUAAUGUUCUUCUGCCCAAACCAGGGUUUUCUAUUUAUCAGACACUGAGCAUAUCCCGAGGUCAUGAAGUCAGACAUUACAAUCUUUUGCCUGAGAGAUCCUGGGAGAUUGACCUCAAUCACCUUGAGUCACUGAUUGAUGACAGAACCAGAGCAAUACUUGUUAACAAUCCAUCCAAUCCUUGUGGUUCAGUUUAUUCAAAAGAACAUCUGGAAGCUAUUCUCGAAGUUGCUGAAAGAUACAUGCUUCCUAUUAUUGCAGAUGAAGUGUACGAAUAUGCUGUUUUUCCUGGAUACAAGUUUUACCCACUUGCACAGUUAUCAGACAAUGUUCCCAUUUUGACUUGUGGUGCAAUUUCAAAAAGGUUUCUUGUGCCUGGCUGGAGAUUGGGAUGGGUCAUAAUCUAUGACAAAAAUGAAGCAUUUGAAAGUGAGGUCAGAACAGGACUUAUAGCACUUUCCCAGCAAAUCUUAGGCCCAAACACUCUCAUUCAAGGAGCUCUUCCAGAAAUACUGACCAAUACACCACAAAGCUUUUUUGACAACACAAUGAGGACAAUUCAGAAAAACGCUGAAAUACUUUAUGAGGCACUGCUAAGAAUUCCAGAACUGGAACCCAAAAUGCCAUGUGGAGCAAUGUAUAUGAUGGUCGGAAUUGACAUAUCCAAGUUAGAUGGCAUUGUGGAUGACUUAGACUUCACUGAAAAACUGAUCUCAGAACAAUCAGUGUUUUGUCUACCAGGAAAGUGCUUUCAGUAUCCAAACUACUUCCGCAUUGUUCUGACUGUACCGGAGGAAUUGACUCAGUUGGCGUGCAAGAGAAUCAAUGAGUUUUGCAAAACUCACAGAAGAGUGAUUGUCAAAAAGCCUCAGCCUGAAUAGGUACAGGAGCUUGAUCAUAUAA